CUUGUUAGAAGGCCAUCAAACAAAAUCUCUACAAAAACUACUAUCCAAAAAAAUCUUGUCAAAAUAAUUCCAAUAAAAAAACAAUUUUCGAAAAUCUUUUGAAGCAAAUUAUUGUGAAACCAAACAACAAAAUUCAAAUCUUGCAAAGACAACAAAAGUCUCAUCAACUCAUAUUAUUCCUACGUCUUGUUUACACAAUCCCGUUUUACAAACCUUCUCAUGUCUUGACACUAAGUUUCAAUCGAAUUUAGGGCUAGGGUUUGGUGUGGAGCACGACUUGUGGCGUUUCGAACAGGCAGUCGUCGUCGCAAUGCGAUGAAGCGCACCGUUGCAACGGAGCUUGGGGGACGAAGGCUUCGUCGUCAGGGUUCAGAAGCCUUGAUGCCGCACUCGCAAUCUUAUAGACCCUCCGAGUUAUGGCGGAGAAAGCCGCGGAAGUGUCCAAGUCGGUGGCGUUGUUCGUUGCGGCGGGGCUGUGUGAGAUCGGAGGAGGCUGGCUGGUGUGGAAGUGGCGCCGCGAGUGCUGGCACUGGGGCUACUUCGUGGUGGGCAGCGCCGUGCUGAUCGUCUACGGGAUUCUCCCGACGCUGCAAUCGCAAUCUUUCGGACGCGUCUAUGCCGCGUAUGGCGGUUUCUUCAUCCUGCUGUCCUUCUUGUGGGCGUGGGCAUUCGACCACCAGCAGCCCGAUCGCUGGGACCUCAUCGGGUCUGCAAUCGCCCUCGGUGGAGUUUGCGUCGUCAUGUUCACGCCGCGGAUAACUCACGACGCUCCUUCUCCCGCUCCUUCUAUCCCUCCUUAUCCCGCCUGAUCGCGUCUUCGGCCUUCGUGAAGCCGCGGAUUCUACCGCCCGCUCCGGAAUCAGUUGAGGUCCCCUACUGAUGCCUCCACUCCUCGGUGUUUUUUUAAGACUCUAGCAGUGGGGCGUGCCGAAAAGCCGUUUAUUUCUCUCAUGGAUUCGCAUUUUCUCGCUGCGGGGUUCAAGCGUGAGCUGCUGUGAACGUGAAUUGGUGGUAGCUUUGAAAAUUCGUCAACCUGUCUCGUAUCUCAUGAAAGGAUCACAGUUUCUCAUACCAAUGGGGCUUCAGCGAAGAGCGAGUUAAGUGCCGGAGCUGGCAUGUGCAUCCCUGUGUCGGAGAACGCAACUCAAUGCAGUACAUUGAUUUUGUUUGUGUGUGCACGCGCGCAUACACACAGCAUCGAAGAAACAAAUCGUUUGAUUAAAUAAGGAUUGAGCACUUUUUUAAAGGUAAGUGCAACGAACAGUGCCUCAGUUUUCACAUGAAGAAGGUUUAGUUGGGUAUAUAUUCUCACUUGUGGUUACAUUACACUCAGGAUCUGCAAAAAUAGCCUACUCUGAACCCAAAAAUGAUUCCCAAGUACGGUUAAAGAGAAGAAAAAACAGAAAGUAAGAAAGGAAGAAAGAGAAAAAAAACUUUGUCCUAUUGUACAAGCAAAGACAGAAUCUCAGACCAAUGAGUUUGACCUCUUACCAAGGGUCACUGCAGGAUGCUUAAGCGACACAAACGAGGCAACGAAAGCUUGGGAUGGUCAGUACUGAAAACCAUGGACCAGGAAAUGUAGAAUCAAACACAGUGUUGCCAGUUCGAGCUUCGACUGAAACCACGGGUCUCCCAUCUGCAGAUUCUGAUUGCUACUGUAGCAGUUCGGGUUGGAGCAAAAAGUGUGCCACCGAAGCUGUGGCAUGCAAUGAAGGAUAAGAAGGGAACAGAUGACGCGGCCAUCACUAGAAUUAAUGAGCAGAAGAUACUAGUGACAGGAAGCACACGAAGCUUACGAAACCUAUUAUGGACCCAAGUUUACUUACAGGGAUAAUCUUGCCAGCUCGAUUCGAGUCGGCUCACUGAACCAGCGGCUAACAUCUCUUACGAGGCGAAAAUAAAAAUGAGGGUUAACGUCACUAUAUCACCCUUUUCGCAUCAUGCAAACGAAUCUCAGUACUUGUAAGGUUAUUCGAUGCAACCCCGUCGACAACCUCCCCACCAGUGUCACAAAACUGUACCUUGUAAUGUCUAUCCUGUUACCGUGGGUUUCAUCGAGCUCUUUGUGUUUGCAUUGCAAGAUACAGUGAAAGGAACUACUACUGGAAGCGUGUAGAUGCUGGUUUCAUGAGAAACUCUGCAAUAUAUAGCAGAUAUCUGAGAGAAAGUAACAAGCCGACGGCGCAAUUUUCCACUUGGUUUCUGUCAUGUGCUCAAAUUCUGUGUGGCGAUAGAGAGGAAGUUCAUUGCAUGGAAUCCAUUUCAAGGAUAACAACUUGGUCAGUACAGGAUUCAGAAAUGGCACUGUUAAGAUAUGUACUGAGGGAAGGGUUCAGUUGAAAGAAGGCUUAACCUAUUCCAACUUCAUCAGAAUCUGGCAACGUUGUGCUCACUAUUAUUGUGCCUUCAACAAUAAACCUUUCAAUAUAAAUCCUUGUUCUCAAACAAUUAAGAGUGGAACAUGACAAGGUUAUUUCUACAUCAUGAAUUUCAUUUUAAAUGACUAUAUAGGAAUAUCAAGAGGAGCACAAAUAGAAAGACAUACAUUCUAGAUGAUUAUUAUUUGAUUUUGUUAGACAUCUUAAUUUAGAAAGAGGAAAGAUAAACAUUCAAAAUAUUUUUUUGAAGAUGAAACUGCUUAAGAUUAAUCCUGAAAAGAUUGGUA